ACAGUUUGACCUUGAAGUGCACAGUAACCUCCAUCAGCAGACGAUACCACUGAAGCGUUGCCCCAAGGAUGAUUGCGGAGGUUUUGUUUGACAAUAGUUUUGCAGAUCGUUUGAUCUCUGUAGAUGAGUUCCGUUGUGGAGUGAUAAUAGGCGGACGGUUUGGUUCCCAGGAGUGUUUGUUCUUACCUAUUGAAAUUCCAAAGGAUGACACUUCAGAUGAUCCACCUCAUCGAUCCGUUUCGCCCCGUAUGAUUGAAGAUUUAAGUGAAAAGUGGAUUGCGUCACAUUGUAGAAAUCUUGCGCGAAUGAUUCCAGGAGGUGUUCAUAUAAGUGGGAUUUGUUUGACUGUCCCUCAUAGCGAAUUCAACAGUCAUACUAAUCACAUUCAGAAAAUCCUUUCUCAUAUAUCGCGGGAUGAUACGCUCAUAAACAAGUUUAUUUGUUCAAAAAAUACAGAGAAAUUGGUAUUGGUAGCUGACCCCAAAACAAAAAGAUUUCAAUGCAAAGCUUCUGCUGCAGAUGGAUCUAAUAAUCAAUUUCGAACAGUGGAAGUAAAGAUUCGUCCAGUCAUUGAUCGAUGGGUAUCAUUCAAAACUCAUAUACUACUUUCUUUGGAGACCCACUUACCAUCUGAUCGAAAAAAAGAGAAAAUCUUGUAUCAGCUUCAGGCUGCCGUCGAACCUUACCUGCAAUCCUUGGUUACCGAAACACAGUUACUGAUCAAUGGCGAACUGCGUCAAGCUGAUGAAAAAUUACUAAAGGAUAUGGAUUUUUCUGUACCCCUCGAUGGUGACAUCCAAAGCAAAAAGAACAAAAAAUCGUCUAAGUCAAAGCGUUAUGAUUUACCUCUUGAUGUAGAUCACUCUUUGGUUACUUCGGCGGGGAGUAAGAAAUAUGCAGUUGCCAAGGGGUCCGUUAGUCCAGCUUUUACCCCACUUGAUAUAGUAAUUUUCGGACCACAGUUUCCUCAAUGGCAGCGUGCAAGUUCGUCAUCGUCACUUGAAUCCGGUGCUAGUUCGGACACAAAUAUGAAUAAUGGAAAUGACACUAAUGAUUCUUCAGGUAGUUUCGUCCCCAUUAAUCGCUUGUUAAUCAAUGGUCGAAUUCCUGGAAUAGCUUUUUUACCAGCUAAUUCAAGUGUUGGUGACUUACUCGAGGCAUUACGGAAUGAUCUUGUACGGAGUGUAUUAGCACGAUUACAACUCUUAACAGAAGAGCUACACAUUACCAGUGCUGAACUGGAAGUUCCUCGCAUGUUACUACCUCAACGGGUAUUAGUUCGACUUCCUGCUUGUCCUACACUACCAUUGUCCGAUUAUAAAUUUUUGUCAGAAACUGCUGAAGAUGUUGUAAAUCGUUUAGUUUACUUCUGUUUACCUCUUGGAACUACUCUCACUAUUCCCACAGAGGAGAGGAUUACUUCUAAUACCACUGGUCUAAAGAAUUCUGUUUCUGAAAUCGAAGUAUUUUCCUCACAUCAUAUAGAUGCAUCCUGCCUGGAUACUACUUUGGAAAAAAGUCCUGAACCCUAUCGUUACAAAAUAGUUUCGGGUACAAGCUUCUGCUCGUCUUAUGGAAAUACUUUGGAUUUAUAAGUUAGUGCUGAUGAUGAAUUUUCUGAAUCUGAAAUGAUAGAUGAAGUGGUUGAAUCUGUUCCUGUCUCUAGUUCAUUCACACUGUACAAUCCUAUCAUACUGGUUACCAGCAUAAUUGUUUUGAUUAUAGCUAUCCUAUUAGCGUAUUAUUUCGUUACACAAUCAUACCAGUCAAAAGAUUUCAUACCUCCACCAUUGCCGAAGGAAAUGUGAUCGUCAACCAAACCAUAUUAUCAUUAAUAUUAUUUUAUUCUAAAAAUAUAAACAAAACUAUCAUCCAUUUUCCAAUAAUUUACUCUAUAUCUAAUAAAAUGUGUGACUUCGUUUAUUUUGACAUGUCAAAAAAUCCAACUUAUCAUUUCUGUAUUUAUUUCUAAUCAUUAUUCAAUUAUCUGUGUAUUUGACGAAGAGUUGAACAGAGGAACUUCUCCAAAAUUAUUUUUCUCCUUCUCUUCUCAUAUGUUACAUACAUACGAAUACAUCAAAAUGCUCACAAGUUUAUUUUGUUCAAUCUGUGCCGUGAGCUGAACUGGUUUCCUAAUUGUUAAUAAUUUUUAUUUUGUAAAUUUUUUUUACCCCCUCUCCUCUUUUCAAAAAAAGAAAUUGCACACAUUGACGAAAAUGCAGUGUGUUAUAAAAGGUGGAUUUAUUAUCAAGUCAGUGUGUAAAAAACUACACUGGUGAUUUUUUCUUCAAAUAAUAUAUACAUAUAAACGAGUAUAUUCCAUAUUUUUUUUAGCAUAACUAUGUGUACGUGUACGUAGAUAAAAAAUGGAGUCAUUCUUCUCUUGUUUAUGUCCUUUUCCUAUUUGUUUUGGGAUUGACUUAGCACGGUUACAAGGGUAAUUAUUCUGUAUACCUUGAUUCAUAUUGGCAUUCUCCACCUGGUGAAUUUCUCAACUGAAAGUCUUCUGUAAGUACGCACAUACACAGAGACUUACACAUUCUAAACUACAUAAUGAGUCAUUUUCUUGUACAAAAUGAAAUUCUUUGUGUUUGCUCGACUAACAAAAAAGAGUAAACGAUUUUUCUGUUUAAUUGUUAAUAUUAUUGUUACUGUCACUUUUAAAGUUGUUUAUUUACAUUAUUUUCGAGUGAUAAACUGAUAAUAACU